CUAGGGCUGUGUUAUUGCGUGUGCUAGUAUGACCGCUUCCAACUCUGCCUUGGCAAGGACUUUUAUUCAUGACUUCCACACUGCUUCACGCGCAUCCAGCCUUUCUUAACAUUUACUUGUUAGGAAGCCUUCUUCAUUUUAUGCUAUAAUGGGGACACUUAAUAAAGAACUCCAAUGCCUUUUCGAACAUGCCGUGGGCAAGCUUCCUAAAUAUGAUGACGAAGACUCAUGGCGUGAAGCAUGUCGAAAGGCAUUUGGUGCUGUGGCUCGAGCUUCGAAUUGCUGCAGCGCGGCCGGAAUUACAUGGGCGGACCUUUAUAACUAUUUUUCAAAGGAAGUCGAAGGCGGCGCGAGUGCGAAGGCAGUCGAUGCGCUGUUCAAAUCCCUGGAUCGCUCGUGUAACGGCUACGUCUCGCUGCAGGAAUUUACAGAGGUGGUCUUGCAACGGCUCAGCACCAUCCGCGAGGAGAAGGAGCUGGAGGCCCGGCUGGCGGAGCGGGUGCCGCGCAUCCACGUGGUCCCCGGCUCCAACCGCCUGAACUUCCUGGUGGGCACGGAGGCCUUCCGAGUGCAGGUGGUCACCCGUCCCUGGGUUCGCAGCCUGGGUGGGGUGUGGGCGGAGAUGGACUCGGACCGCGACGGCCGGGUGGGCAUCGCCGACCUGCGCCGCUACUUCACACGCACGCAGCCCGGCCUGCUGCCCUUCCUCACCUCCAUCUUCCGGGCCAUCGAGGGCAAGCACCGCACCGGCACCGUCACCUUCCAGCAGUUCCUCAAGGCCCUGUAUCCCGAGGCCUCCGCAGCCGACCUGCGCACCCUGCAGGCCAUGUCAGCGGACCCGGCAUCCAAAGCUGCAGCGGCGGCGGACGCAGCAGCAAACGACAAACUGCUGGCUGAAAUCAAGGGUGUGUUCCUGGUGUUCGAUGACGACCACAGCGGAGAGCUGGACCAGGAGGAGUUCAUCAGCGCAAUGGAGCUGACGGGCCACACCAAGGAAGAAGCGGAAGGCAUGUUCCGCAUCCUCAACACCGACCGCAACGGCAGCGUGUCCUGGGACGGCUUCUGUUCCUGGUACACCAGCAGCUACAGCCGCUUCAUGGAGGACGCUCAGAGGCGCGUGCUGGCGGAGAGCGAGGAGGCGCCGCUCGGCUACUCGUGAGGGGGAGGGGGUGUUGGGGUUGUGGCGGUGCGCAUGCAUGGUGACCCAUGGGUCACUGGGGUGCUGAACGUGGUAAGGGAGUAUCCCCAUAUAUGGCGACUGACCAUACCGUCAGGGCCAAAGGAGGAUGCUGAGGAGGGUGGCAAUACACGUACAUACAUACGGUUGGCUGGGUUGCGAGUGGGUGGCCAGGGUGCCCGAGUGGGUGCGCCCCCUCCUACCUGGCAGCGGUGGGUGGGGGUGAAAUGGUAUCACCUGGGAAAUGCGGUACCUGCGCUCCUGCGCUGAAACUAGGAGAAACUAUACAUGGUUUAACAUGGUUAUGAACGUGAAGAGAAGGAGGAACAAGAUGCAUAUGAAUGAAUGCGCACGGAUGCAGGGUGCACGAAAGGAAACUCCCACCUUUGCGAGCGUUAAUGUGUCAUAGCGGGCUGCGGUUGGGCCUGCCUAGUGCGGGUUUCCCCGAUGAUUACUUUUUGGAUUGCGUGCAAUCACAAUAGACAAGUACCUGUUUGGGCGUGUGACACUGCCGCCGGCGCCAGCAAGUUCUCGGUCGAUCACAUUGCUAGGCGGCGGCGGCAGCGGCAGCACCAUCUGUGGGUUUGGGGGUAAUCUCCUGCAGCUCUUGUAGGAGAGCCAAGUAGGAGCAUUGUACUUAGUUAGGAGCUUUGGCGUGCGGUGGAAGCAGGCGGUUUGGUGGGGUGGAAGCAGGGAUGUGUUUUAUCUUGUUAUGCGUUAUAGAGCCCCAAGCAGGUUCACGGCUGGCAAUAUCAGCGGCUUUUUGGUGGUGGUGGUGGUGGUGGUGGUGGUGGUGGUGGUGGUGGUGGUGGUUAUUAGGAUGCUAAUCGGGAAUAGACGUGAGGAGGAGUUACAGGGUCACCGGUUGAUUGGUUACGGACGUUCAGGUCUCGGGCUGAUCAUGGAGUCGCAUGCAGGCCGCACGGAGCAGAGGGACCACUGGCGUGUUUGGACUUGGCAUGGGAGGGCUGGGGCCGGAGGUGGAGGCGAAUGAGUCGUGUCCAGCGCGGCGAUGCCAGGAGCUGGUGCUCCUCCUUUGAGAGGAAGGAAGAAGGGGCAUUCGGAAAGUAUACACGAAUUGUGUUGAGUAUGGAGAUCAGAUGUUGGGAAGUAUGGAGAUAAGUUGUUGAGAAUGGACAAUGCUUCUUAUGAGUCAAGACAGGAAAUGGGAGUGGUUCUCAGCGCCGAGAGGGCUUUGGGGGUAUACGCAAUGCGGUAAGGCGUGGGGGUAGGUGGUAGGCGAUGGGGGGGCAUGUAACGUACUGGCAGGUGCGUAGUAGAAGGCGGUUAUCGAGUACUCUAGUAUGAAGCCUUGGGGUGAGCGUGCAUGCGUGCGUCCCGGUGUCAUCUAGGCUUCCCUUUCGUGCUGUCCUUGUAUGCUUCCUGCGCAGCCGUUCGUGUUCCAUUCGUACUUUGGCUGAGUGCUGUUAUUUAGCGCCGUGGCUUAGCUAGAUACCUUACGGUCAGCUAGGUGGGACCUGGUGUGAGCGUUUAGCUGAGUGGCCUAGGUCACGUCGUACCCAACAACCGUAUCUAAGGCAGUUGCUUCGAUAGUUGGGUUGAGAGGAAAAUGCAUUCCAGGAUUGGACGUGUGUUAGGAGCCUGAGGGGGCGCAUGGAUAGGCAGAUAGGACCGUAUACAUGUCUAUUGUCAGCAGCGGAAAGGUGCAGACAUUUUGCAACAAGGUGUGGCUUGCUGUGUGUGAAGCAGCAUCCGGCCCGGGCACAUUUGGGGCCCUGUGCUUCUUGGAUAAUUAUCCCAGCGGGGGCGCUCAUGUCUCUGCUGCUGCUGUGCACGUGUAUAUUCUGCUUGAUUGUCCAGGGACCUGUUAUUUGAGCGUGUUCUAUACUCUUGUACAUAAAAUAAAACUCCCGCAUCCAUAGCCAGCGCAUCUGGCCAGUGCCACUCGUGUAAAUAAUUUGCCAC